CAGAGUCACAUCUGCUUUGUCAUGUGAAGCAGCACCAGUUUGAUUAAUAUGACACAGCAAUCACACUUCCCUUUUGAGUCAGCAUCCUGGCGCCGUGGGUGUAUAAAAGACGCCGGAGACCCGAGAGGCCACAGCGAGAUCCUCACACAAGCAGCAACUCACCCACCGCACAGAACUUACAGCUACAGCCGACUGAACAUGGAGGCCAUGAAGAGCGCCAGGAAACCUGAAACAGGAGAAGUCGGCAGCGACUUAUCAGAGCAAAUUAAAGCAGCUACUAAAGAAAAUCACGUCAGAGCUGAAAACACAGAGCUGAUGCUGAGUUACCAGAAAGGUCAGAUCACCCUGAAACAGUACAAGGUCCUGCUGUGCUCUCUCUAUGAGAUCUACAAGGCUCUGGAGGAAGAGAUGGAUAGGAACGCUUCCCAUCCGGCCGUGGCACCGAUAUACUUCCCCCAGGAACUCGCCCGUCUGGAGUCCCUGGAAAGGGAUCUGGAGCACUUUCUUGGUUCAGACUGGAAGAGCAGAGUUAUCGUCCCCGCAGCCACACACAGAUACGUGCAGAGACUCCAACAGAUUGGCUCAGAGAGCCCGGAGCUGCUCGUGGCCCACGCCUACACUCGCUAUCUGGGCGACCUGUCGGGUGGGCAAGUGUUGGGAAAAAUAACCCAGAAAUCUCUGGGGCUGAGCAGCAAAGAAGGGCUGUCGUUUUUCUCCUUCCCCGGCGUGAGCAGCCCAAACCGCUUCAAGCAGCUGUACAGGAGCCGGAUGAACAGCAUCGAGCUGAGGCCGGAGGAGCAGACGGCCGUGCUGGCAGAGGCCGUGUCGGCCUUCGAGCUGAACAUCCAGGUUUUUGAUGACUUGCAGAAAAUGUUGAGUGUCACAACCGAGUCCCGGGGCCAAUCAGAGCGCAGCUUCCCAAGUGCAGGGCUCCGGCCGUCGCCCCUGGUGCAGGUCACCGUGGGACUGUGUCUGGCCCUCGCCACCAUCGGAGUGGGAGUCUAUUCCCUGUAGACUCGACCCCGAUCAACCCUGAUUUUGCACAUUUAGCACUUUACUCACUUGUAUGAAAUCAAGACUAAAACGUGUACUUUUUUAAAAAUCUCGCCUUAAAACUUUUUAUUCUUUGGCUUUUAAUCCAGCGUGAGAGUUGUGUGGUCUCCGUCUUGUCUUUUAUGUUUCUGAAUCCCUGGUUGUCUGUUUGGUGUGUUUUUAUUUCGUGCUUUUAUCUAUUUUACUCUGUUUUUAGUUUUUACUAUUUUAUUAUGUCUUGCUUUACUCAUUGUGCAGCACUUUGGUGACCUAGUUUUUUUUAAAUGUGCUAUAUAAAUAAAGUGGAUUUGAUACUUCAGAGCUUCUAACAUCUACAUCAGUCUGUAACUCCUCUUUCUUUGACUUGUGUUUAAUAAAAAAA